AAUUCGGAGAUUGACAAGAAAGAGACCGGGAAACGAAAUUUGGUACCGCGACGCUGUAGUGGACUGGGUUUGCUGGAAUUCGUCACAUCGCCCUCGCCCGACGCCCCCUCACGAGCCGUUCGACGAUACAGGCAGGCACGACCCUAUCGCCAAUUUGCCAAUACUGUCGCAGGUCGACACCCUAAUACGUCUAUACAAGGGAGGGACAUCUAACUCAACAUGUCGGGUGAUCUCACUUUUGGGGUCCUGGUUCGGAAGCAGUUUACUGGCCCCAAGUUGCUGUUCCACUUCCUCUUCUGGAGUUUCCAUUGGGGUAUUUUCGCCUAUGGCUGGUAUAAGCAGGCCGCAGAAACGAGACUCGCAGGUCUGAACACUCUGCAGUUCUCCGUCUGGAUUUCAAGAGGUGCCGGUUUGGUUCUAAGCGUCGACACAAUGCUCAUCCUGCUCCCGGUCUGCCGAACGAUCAUGCGGUGGAUCCGACCCAAGCUCCGCUUCGUACCCCUCGACGAGAACCUUUGGCUUCACAGGCAGCUUGCGUACGCGAUGCUCAUGUUCACCAUCUUGCACACGUCUGCCCAUUACAUCAACUUCUUCAACGUCGAGGUGACCCAGAUUCGACCUGUCACGGCCAUCCAGAUCCACUACGCCCAGGCCGGUGGUAUCACUGGUCACGUCAUGCUGCUUUGCAUGCUUCUGAUGUACACCACCGCCCACGCCCGCAUCCGUCAGCAGUCGUUUGAAACCUUCUGGUACACUCACCACCUCUUCAUCCCCUUCUUCUUGGGACUUUACACCCACACCACCGGCUGCUUUGUGCGUGACACUGCCCUCCCGUUCUCUCCGUUCGCCGGAAAGGACUACUGGGACCACUGCAUUGGUUACCUCGGCUGGAGAUGGGAGCUCUGGACGGGUGGUUUCUACCUCAUUGAACGUACCUACCGUGAGGUUCGUGCCCGUCGUCUUACCAAGAUCACCCGUGUUGUUCGCCACCCCUACGAUGUCGUUGAGCUUCAGUUCAACAAGCCGUCGUUCAAGUACAAGGCUGGCCAGUGGCUCUUCCUUCAGGUUCCCGCCGUUUCAAAAUAUCAGUGGCACCCGUUUACCAUCACCUCUUGCCCGUUCGACCCCUACGUCUCUGUCCACGUUCGCCAGGUUGGUGACUUCACUCGGGCUCUUGGUGACGCUGUUGGUGCCGGAGCUGCCCAGGCCAAGCUCUACGACGGUGUGGACCCUAUGGGCAUGUACGAGGUUGCUCUGCAGAACGGUCAACAAAUGCCCGAUCUCCGCAUUGACGGACCUUACGGAGCGCCCGCUGAGGAUGUCUUUGAGAACGAAAUCGCCGUGCUGAUUGGUACUGGUAUUGGUGUCACUCCUUGGGCCUCGAUCCUCAAGAAUAUCUGGCAUUUGCGCAACGGCCCGAACCCGCCUACCCGCCUCCGUCGUGUCGAGUUCAUCUGGGUCUGCAAGGACACGGGUUCUUUUGAAUGGUUCCAGACCCUGCUUUCUUCUCUCGAGGAGCAGUCUAACGAGGCUGCCCGCGUCCCUGGCAGCUCCGGUGUUGAGUUCUUGAAGAUCCACACGUACCUUACUCAGAAGCUGGAUAUGGACACGACACAGAACAUUGUGCUCAACUCUGUCGGCUCCGAAGUUGACCCCCUUACCGAGCUCAAGUCUCGCACGAACUUUGGCCGACCCAACUUCUCCAAGCUCUUCAGCACCAUGCGCGAUGGCAUUAUCGACAGAACAUACCUCAACGGCUUGGAAGGCAGCAUGCGCACAACUGUCGGUGUCUACUUCUGCGGUCCUUCCGCUGCUGCUCGCGAUAUCAAGACUGCUUGCAAGGACGCAACCGUCCGCGAGGUCAACUUCCGUUUCUGGAAGGAACACUUCUAAAUGGGAUUAUCGCCCCUUUUCACAUACAAAAACACCAAAAACAAGCACCUUCAGCGACACGGUUGGGUUCUGUACAUGUAGGAAGAGAUCAUGCCUGGAGACGAUACCUACAGCUGUCGGAAGCUUCCCAGCUACGGACGGUGGUUGGUGACGCCCAGAGGAAAGCCAGCUGCAUAGCGGCAGGCGGGAAGGCGUUGGCUGGAAUGCAUUAAGACACCCACUCAGCGGUGUGCAUCAUCUUACAUCUUUUGCCGCCACUCGCGUCAAAGUUCUAUUAUUUGUUACCUGUUAUGGAGGCGUGGGUGGCGGGCGGUCAAUGUUCUCUCACAUAUAUAAGGCCCAUAUAUAACAUUUUUCAACUGCAACAAA